AUGUCGAUAGAAAAAAUAAUCGUUUUCCAAAUUCUUAUCCAUUUUACUCAGUGUGUUACUCGACGUCAAGUGUGGGACGAAGUUCGCCUCGUUAGUCGAUCUCCGACAGCAGGGAUAGUGGAACUAAAGCAGAGUGACGGAUCUUGGAACAAAGUUUGUGCUGAUGAGUUCUGGACAACACAGGUCGCCGAAGUAAUAUGCCAUCAUUUAGGAUUCAGCAGCGUAGUAAAGCCCAGGGCCAGGAGAAUACAAAGGAAAGGUGGAAGUUUCUCGAGGCUGCAAUGUAAAGGCUCCGAGGAUAAUAUUGAGCAAUGUAACUCUACCACAGUAAGAAGCUGCAGAACGAACAAAGAAGCGGCUGUAAUAUGCAGUAGACCAAGAGAAAUUACUGGUCAACCAGUCAGGUGUUCGGACCGGCAAUACCUGUGUAAGAGGCAGAACAAAUGUAUCCCUAGUCGCUGGCGCUGUGAUUACGUCAGUGAUUGUAGUGAUGGUGCGGACGAAGUUAACUGCACACUAUAUAUAUAUAUAUAUAUAUAUACAGUCACGACAUAUUCCAUAUUUACAGCCACGACAAAUAUUCCGAUGAUUUCCAAUUAUCUCCGUCUUCUGAACGUUGCCGGUAAGAGAAAUGAGGGAAUCUUGCAGUUGAACUUUGCGAACCAGUGGGGGACUAUAUGCGAUGACGGGUUUGACAUUGUGGCUGCCAACAUUGCUUGUAAACAACUCGGCUUUCCUUAUGGUGCUGAACAAGUAAAAAACUUUGGUCGAGGGACGGGGCAAAUUUGGAUCGACGAAAUAAGUUGUCUGGGAAACGAGAAAUCAAUAUUGGAAUGCAGAAGAAAUAACUUUGCCGCCCAUGACUGCACGCACGCUGAGGAUGUGGGCCUCAUAUGUAAAACAUCACCAAAUCCACAAGGUUGUGGUAUACCGAAAGCCCAGUCCAAGAACCCCCGAAUUGUUGGGGGACACGCCUCCUCUCGCGGAAAAUGGCCGUGGCUGGCCAGCAUAUUCCUCCACAUUCCCCCAAUGAGCCAGCAACAAUUCUGUGCCGGAAGUUUGGUAAACGACGAGUGGAUUCUUACCGCAGCUCACUGCUUUGAUAGAACAACUGACAAGAGAGAGGUACGCAUUCAAUUAGGGGAGUACAAUCUUCUUCGUCGUGAUCCUUCCGAACAAACUUUCAAUGUAUCCGAGCUGUUUAUCCACCCAUUGUAUACCAGGGCGGCUCACGACUUUGACAUUGCGCUGAUAAAGCUAAACAGGCCGGCCGACACCUCUACGGAUUACGUCAAUAACAUCUGUUUGCCUCUGGCUUCCGAAGGACCUUUCCAAGAUGAUUACUGUUUUGUAGCAGGGUGGGGAAACACAGGCUCCACAGGUACAACAAAGGCCACGAUUUUACAGGAGGCAAAGAUGCCAUUACUGAACAAUACUAUUUGUAAGACAAUUUACAGUCAAGUCACGGACAACAUGAUGUGUGGGGGAUAUGUGUUCGGCGGAAUAGACACGUGUCAGGGUGAUUCCGGUGGGCCGUUAAGCUGUCAAAGAAAUGGUCGUUGGGAAGUAGGCGGUGUUAUCUCGUGGGGCAAUGGAUGUGCCCAGAUCAUGAAACCGGGUGUGUACACAAGAACCAAGCCCUAUUUACAGUGGAUAACAGACACCAUGUUAGGAAAAACAGCGCCCUCUACCCCUGCUGCUCCAAAACUCCACAUUAAUAGCUUAUUUGGUCGAUAAACAUCCAUAACAAUGUACUCGCAUCACACAUUGUUGUUUACAUCGUUUUGUAUUAAAAACGCAUGUUUCGUGACAAAAGAAUCUCAACAUUUAUAAUUUUUUCUUCAUAUAAAAUGAUUUAUUUAUUGAUAUUGUAUUUAUUAUUUCAUUAAAUGUACUGUAUUUUU